AUGCUUGAUCAUCGAGCUGCACUUCUCUGCCCACUUGCUGAAAUCAAAAUCUUAGGUAUUAAGUGCACUGUUAAUGGCGUUGGAACUACAGGUAUCAGUAAGGCAUUGCAAAACUGGGAACCAGAUAUGAGGACAGCACUUCGAGCUGCUGGGUUUUUGACAAGAGACUCUCGAGAGUUGUGGAAAGGAAGAAACCUGGAAAAGCCAAGGCAAGAAAGAAUUUCCAAUGGGUCAAACAUCAUUAUCAAAGGGAUCCCUGUUUAUUAG